GAUUUAUAGAUUAGAUAUUUUUAAAUAUAUCAUUCAGUGAACGUAUUAACCUAUUUCUAUGCUCUACAUAAACCCUGAAAAUUGCAGAAAUAGAGAAACCAGAGAAUCAUUCCAUGGUUUAAAGCUAGCAAAAUUCCAAAGAAAAAAAAUGCUGAAGCAAUUCUCAUUGGUUUUCUUUGUUCUGUUUGCUUGCUACGUUGGGGUUAAUUCUCGGGAAUUGAAGCAUAUUACGAAGGAGCUUGAAGUGAAUGCGCCUGCAUAUGAAGCUUGGGAACUUUAUAGGAACCUUGGCCUCAUAAAUAUUAUUGUUCCUAAGCUUCCAAAUGUCCAGAGCACUCAGGUUUUGAAAGGUGAUGGUGGGGUCGGAACUGUUGCGAAAACCACUUUCGUUCCAGGGAAUUCAAGUUAUACAGAGGAGUUCAUUGUGAUUGAUGACAAAAAAAGAGUGAAAGCGGCAAAAGCCUUGGAAGGUGAUUGUCUAGCAUUUGGUUGCUCAGUUCUAAUCGUUGAAUUUGAUAUAAAAGAGAAAUCCCAAAACUCAUGCAUCAUAAAAUCUAUCAUUUCGUAUGCUGUCAAGAAAGAAUUUGAAGCGAAAGAUCCAAAGCCUACCGUCGCAGUAGAAGCUAUUACACAAGCUUCCAAGGAGUAUCUCGAGAGAAACAAUUAAUGAUUCUUAAAUAAGUGUGUUUAAGUAGCUAGAAGCUGCAUUCACUUAAAAAAAAAAAGAAGCUAGAAGCUACCCUCAAUAAACUGCACUUUGGGGGCAAAAAUUUGAUAAAAUCGAUUAUGAUCUUUGUACUUAUCAUAGUUGUUUAUUCUUUUAUAAUAAAUUGAUAUAAUGAAUCACUUGAAAUAAACAAAUAAA